GCAAACGGCGCCGAGCAUUCCGGCGACGCCAGACAACGCGGCACAAUCGAGACGAGAUAAUCGCUGUGGGUCGGAGCUUUAAACUACCCCCGUGACUGUCCACCUACACGCUCGGUUCGUACACCGUACGAUCGUACCACACCAAGGAUGGGAGUUGUAAAGACGGCGUCGGAGAGCAUUCUUGAGGAGACCGUGAUGCCGAGCGAGGAAGCCAAGUAUUCGCAGAAUUACGCCGAAGAAUGGAACUUCCCUUAUCAACUCCUAAUAGCAGCAGGGGUGACCCUAGUUGGUUUGGUUCUCUUGGCGGCGGUGAGCUUCCAAUGCUCUUCCACUUGGCGAUGGUUGAUGAGCGUGACUCGACACGAGAAUACCGAGGAUACAGAGAACGAUCAGAUUCAACAAAAUGCAAUUCGCAUCAGUCACUCUCUCCCGGACCUCCAAUCGAAACCGAUUACUCACGAAUACAUUCAAGAACAGAAGGACAAUAAGAAGGUAUUGCGUCAAACCACUUUACCCAUCGUGCCAAUGAGACAUCAAAGCUUGAGACAUCAAAGCUUCCAACGUCAAUUAUCGCACCGGCUUGACCUGCCUAACAUUAAAUUCAGCGUUUGCAGCUUCGAAAAUCGCAGCGAUUCCAGCCUUGGCCUUAUCAGGCCGGAGCUGUAUAAAAAAGAACUCAUGAGGCAAGAGAGCGCGGAAAGCUCCAGUCCAUCAGAAAUGGAAUAUGCUGGAAAAUUACAUUUUGCUCUUCGCUACGACAAGGAAAUCGAAGGUCUUAUUGUCAAAGUUCUGGAAGCUCACGAAUUGCCAAUAAAGGAUGUAACGGGCAGCAGUGAUCCAUACGUCAAGGUGUACCUGUUGCCAGAUAGGAAGAAAAAGUUUCAGACGAAAGUACAUCGAAAGAAUUUGAACCCAGUAUUCAAUGAAACAUUCAUCUUUAGCGUGUCACAUGAAGAAUUGAGGGAACGUUACUUGCAAUUCUCAGUUUACGACUUUGAUCGGUUUUCACGUCACGAUCUCAUUGGGCAAGUAGUUCUUAAGGAACUCUUAGAUUGCACCGAUCUCGAGCAAGAAAUCGAAUACACGAUGGAGAUCCUCUGUGCUUUGCAGGAGAAAGUUAAUUUGGGAGAAUUGAUGUUAUCGUUAUGCUAUCUACCAACGGCCGGUCGGUUGACAUUAACCGUUGUUAAAGCCAGAAAUCUAAAGGGAAUGGAUAUAACCGGCAAAUCAGAUCCGUAUGUGAAAGUUUAUCUGCUAUGCCAAGGCAAAAGAAUAAAGAAGAAAAAGACAACGGUGAAGAAGAACACUCUUUAUCCUGUCUACAACGAGGCGCUCGUUUUUGACGUUCCCGCGGGUAACAUUGAAGACGUUAGUCUCAUAGUGAAAGUAAUUGAUUAUGACAGAAUCGGAUCGAACGAGUUGAUGGGCUGCACCGCGAUUGGGUCGAGUUUCAUUGGAGUUGGCCGUGAUCAUUGGUUAGAAAUGCUAGAUAAUCCACGAAAACCGGUAGCACAAUGGUACCCGUUAAUGGAGACUGUAUCUGGCCAUAUUCCAGCCGUAGAUUCGGGACCACUCCCAGUAAGCCUGAGCUGUUUAAACGGCAGAUGAAGACAAGAAGCAGAAAGUAAACACUAUAGAAGUUCGCAAAUAUUGUCGGACGUCGGCUUGGACAUCGUCUCCUUCUGUCGUCAUUUAAUGCACAUCGCUUGACUGACUUAAGUACAACCUCUGUCUCGAAGGAAGGCCGGAAGGCAAACUCCAUGCUAUGCAAUCUUACCUCGUGCAGCAGGCAUAAAAUAAGAAACGAUCCGACGUAACGAAAAAACUGAUCACUUGCGAAACAUAUGUUUGCUCAAUUCCCGGCGAUUCGAUGGCAAUCGCGAUGGAAACGAGAUAAAUUUUCGUUGCUUUGUCUUUCGAGCUGCUGCUCGCGAUGGUGCGGGCUGGACCCACACCGUUUCAAACGCAAGAUUGUUGUAUUUACAGUAUCCCCUUAGUAGAAUCAUCCCUUAUCAUACGUGAUGUUGAGCAUGACGGUAGCUUAAAUGUUCUAGAUCUAAAGCGCGAGGUCAGAUAAAGUAAGUUUUUAUAGAAGACGAAUACAAGCGUGAGGAGUACAAGGCCUUAUCCUCGAUAAAGAUGUGGCGGACGUACGCAGGCAGAUUUAGGCGAGGGAUGGAUCAUAUUUAGCGGCAGAGAGCACAACCGAACGGUAGAUGUCUAAGGUAGUAUAGAUAGCGUUGGAGCUGCAUCGUUUAUUAUUUCACUCUCUCGCUACCACUUCUGCGCAAAUAUUCUAUUAUAUAAUGUGAUAUAUGUUUAAACAUAAUGCUCGACACAAGCGGGCACUGUUUGUGAUAAUGUAUCUCAACACAUACGUAUACUGUCAUACAUGUACGUACAAGUAAUACACGUGGUCUCAGAGACCACGUAUGUAUAUCAAAUAGCUGCUUCGUACAUACGUAUAAUAUACGUUUGCAUACUGAUGCGACUACUCGGCUACGAUGCUGGCGAACUUGAUAAUAAAUAAUGAUACACGUCGUAUAAGUUAAUUCGUAAAGAGAAAAAUGGGCAAACAGUGCGAUCCUUUUAUAAUUUAACUUAUACGAAUAUAUUUAUCAUUUACGUGUAUGAAUUUUUAAAAAUAUAAUCAAAAUGGUAUUCUACAGAUAAUAGGAGAUUUAACGUAGAAUAAGUUUCCAGAGAAAAUUAUUCAACUUUUUGGUGAGCUGCAUUUGGCCAAACUUGCGAAUGUCUUUAACAAGUCUGUAUAAAUUUUGCUUUAUUAACGUAUUUCUAAGAACACAUUUAUCCGGUGACGUUUUCACAGAAUGUAUGAAGAGAAUCUGUGUACCGAGGAAAUUUAAUAUGGGCGUUUCUGGAAAAUGGAUGAGAAAUUGGAUAUCCAAUAUUUUAUAAGACGUGAAAUGAAAACGUACUGACAGAAUUUUUUAAUUAUAUUGCAUUUAAAUUUUCUUUAAAAUUUUUUUUAUUAAAAUGUUUCUGUGAUUUUAAGUUUCUUAAGCGAUUUUCAGUCGCGUGAAAAAGCUGCAAUUACGCCACAAUGGUACACACAAUCUAUACAUACGUAGACUAACAUUACGCAAACCGUAGAUAAUUGAACAUAAUAUCAAAGCUGAGGUGAUAUAUAUGAGUGACAUAUUGACUAGCAAGAAAGUGUGCCAAGAAAAAGUAAUUAUGUAGCAGAAGUAGUGUGAUUAAUGAUAGUACGUUCUAAUCACAUGCUUGAUAUAGAAACUUCAGCCGACGCGCCAUAGUAAUCCUAGAGUAUAUCCCCCUAUUUCGAGUCAAUAUAUUUCGACUGUAUGCCUUUCUCUCGCCUACAAGUCCGUGAGUCUCUCCGAAUCCUCGAAGAAUUUUUCAUCUACUCCGUUGUUCCAGCGAUACCCAUAGGGAAAGAAAGGGGAAAAAAAAUUAUUGUAUUUUUCGUACAAGUGGGGUAUUCUACCACAGGACUGAGCUUUCUCAAAUAACUUCGUGUAAUAAAUGGAACAGCAUCGCUCCCAUAUUGAGAGUAGUAUUUAAACGAGUCCGAAGAAUCUGUACUUGCACAAAAAAUGUGCGACGCAAAAUGUAAUCUCUUCAUUAAUGUUAUUAUAAAAUUAUUUAAAUCGCUCUGAGGAUAUACGGGAGAAUACUAAAGUAAGCUUUCAGUUUUUAUUACGCAUGCGUCGAUGAAAAAUUUAAUGUUUCUUUUUAUUGCUUCGAAUAUUAGGUCACUGUUUCAUAAAUGAUAAAGUAUAUCGGCUUUGAAAUGUAAAUGGUCUGUGUGCUGGAUUAUAAAAUAUGAAUAUAUCUUGUGUAUGUGUGAAUAUAUCUUGUCCAUGUCUAUGAAUAUGAACAAGACAAAAAUAUAUGCAAAUGAAUGUACGUUAAAAAUUAUAUCGGACUUAUUGUGACUGUCGAGGGAUGAGUAAUCUGUUUAAUACCUACUCUAAUUAUGAAAGCGAUCGUAUGCAAUUAACUUAUGGGCAAGUAACAAUAAUGUUGGUACGGACGACGUGUAUACUUUUCUAACGAGUACAUAUCUAUUGUAUAUUUGAGUACACCCAUACAGUGCUCCCUGUUAUGAUCGUGAAUAACAUAAAUAAAUCGGCAACAAGAGAGA